AUGGCUUCCAAGUCGAAAAAGAAGUUCAGAAACACAACCAAUAUCAAUAUUACUAACAAUACUAACGAAUACGCUUAUGACCGUUCUCGUUUUGGGCAUAUACUCAAUUGGGAUAAAUAUUGUCUUUAUAUUAAUGGACACCCCACUCUUAUUGUCAGUGGAGAAUUUCACUAUUGGCGUAUACCUGACCGAACGCGUUGGUCGAAAAUUCUGAGAAAAUAUCGUGCAUCCGGUCUUAAUUGUGUACGCAUUUAUUUUCACUGGGGCUUUCAUAGUCCUGACGAUAGAGUUUAUAAUUUUGAAGGAAAUAAAGACGUGGAGUAUUUGUUGACAUUAUGUGAGCAACUCAACUUGUUUGUGCUCGCCGCACCUGGUCCUUAUAUAUGUGCAGAGACACAAGCUGGUGGUUUUCCUUUUUGGUUAGUUGCGAAAAAAACGCGAUUGCGUAACAUGUGGUUUACUGGUUUUAAGAAAUACGACGCGGUUUUUUGUGAAUAUGAACAACAGUGGUUUCAGAAUAUUUUACCGAUUAUUGCACGUCAUCAAAUAACAUUUAAGUCAAAUGGAUGUGUAAUCGGUGUACAAAUUGAAAAUGAACUAUUUGAAAAGAUCAAAGGAAUUUACUCUUUUGGACUGCCAGAUGAAAUGCGAUUUUUGUGUAAAGUUGCUCGUGAGGAAGGAAUUACUGUACCAUUAUUUACCAAUGACCCAUAUGAAAAUGGUUCUUGGAUAGCACGUACAGAAUCAAAUCUUAAAAAAGGGUUCUUUAACAAUUCUUUUGGUCUUGAUCUUUAUGGAUUCGAUAAAUAUGUCGUAUUUGUACCUGCAAGUGCAACUCCUUGGAAUCUUAAUGCAGAACAAGAUCCAAAGAAAUGGGCUCCAUGGGAACCUAAAGAAUUAACAAAUGGUGUUGAUAAGCUUGAGGAAACAGUCCGUGGUUUCGGUCACGAUGCUGCCAAGUCUCCACUAUUUAUACCCGAACUUCAAGGAGGCUGGUUUAGUUCCUAUCAGUUGAAUUAUACGUUUGACGAUAUCUAUAACUAUUACGGAGAUCAUUAUACUAAGCUUUUGUAUGAAUCUGCAUUAGCUCAAGGGGUUACUAUUUCUUCAAUUUAUAUGUUUUAUGGUGGUACUAAUUGGGGAACUAUCGGAGACACUGAUGCAUAUACAUCUUACGAUUAUUCUGCAUGUAUUCGAGAAUAUGGUUAUAUGUCUAGUCGCCUUCGUCAUCUUCGACUCUCAAACUUUUUUGUACGAAGUUUUUCUGAUGUAUUUACAAAAACAGAACGAGUCUCGAAACCAACAGUUUCAUCAUUAACUGAUAACGCAGAUGUGAUUAAUCUUCAAAGGAAAACAAUAGUCGAUGAAGAAGCAUGUGGAAGCCAAGUAUUAUUCACAUUUAUGCGAAAUUUCAGUAAAGAUAAGAGAACACAAUUUCAAAUUGGUGUUGAAUAUACAGAUUUCUCGAGAGAAACGAUUCAAAUACGAUUACAAUGUUUUCUUCCAUACAAAACCUCGUUUAUUGCUCUCGGAAAUUAUAUUACAAUAACUGGAUUAAGGCUGAUUAUGUCGACAUUGCCAAUUUAUUUGCGGACAUUUAUCCCUGGUAAUGAAGAAAAAAGUGGUGGAGAUGAGAUUUGGAUUGUGCCGGUAAAUAAUACGGGAGAGUUAGCAUUUGAAGGAUCAAUUAUUGUAGAGGGAAAUAUUGGUCCAUCUGUCAGAAAUGAUAAAUCUGCAUGUGUUGUAUCUUUUAAUGGUAGACCUGGUUAUGCCAAAAUACAAAAGGCAAACGGUAAUGAUAUCGAGGGAAAUGGAUUUCUGUAUGUAUUGGCACUUGAAAAUGAUUCAAUCGGAACACUCCAUGCAAUAUUUGAUGAACCCCAUUGGGCACAAUCAUUUGAACGUCCACAUUCUCAUGUUCACGCACCGUUAUUUAUUACAUGGGGGACUCAAUAUGUAUUCUAUGAUUACCAAACUAAAAAAAUCGAGAUCGAAUUUGGGGAAGAUGAAGACGAAAUCACGAUACUUUCUCCUACGAAACCUAAUUAUAGUUUUCAACCCGAAGAAAAUUCUAUAUAUCCGUUACCAUUUAUAUAUACAAAAAAAUUAAAACCAAAUCAUUAUCAGGGCACGUUAAUACAUCCUUUACUUGAAGGUUGGUGCACACGAUUGACGGAUUUCUCGGAUCUUGAAUGGCAAGCCACAGAUCUGAGUAAAAGUGCACUUGAACAUUUUUAUAUAUCAGGACAUAUUAUUUAUCGUGGACAGUUUGCAGCAAAAUAUUCAACUAACAGUGGUGCAAUGCAUAUUAUAAUCAAUAUGCGUCAUCGAUGUAGUGUAUUUUUGAAUGGACAUUUUGUUGGUGGACACACGACUUAUUCAAAAAAUCUUUUUUUCCCUGGGGCAAAAUUGGGCCCAGAUCCUUUUAAUUCUUCUCUUGGAUCAAAAAAAUAUAAACUAACCGAAUUUACACAUCCAGCCGGGCACACAGAACCUAAUGAAUUGAUUAUUGUUGUAGAGAAUUGGGGUUUAUGUCGUCAAUCUGUCGUAUUUAAUGACGCGCCAAAUCCAAGAGGAAUUUUGUCGGCACGUGUUACCGGGUUAGGUCGCGGAAAUAAAGUAAAUUGGGCUGUUGCUGGGGUUGAUGUACGACGGUUGAAUACGCCUUUCAACACCACUGGUUUCCCCGACGAGCAUAAAAAAACCGGUUGGGCCGAUUACGAUGGCGGUAUUUUAAAUUAUGGCGUAAAUCCAUCAGAUGGCAUUCGUUGGUGGAGCUUUCGAUUUAGACAUCCAAUCGAGGAAACACACAAAAAUAUAGUUUCCGCGCCAUUAAGACUUGUAUUAGAAGGGUCAUUCAGUGCAUAUGUAUUAUUAAAUGAAACUUUAAUCGGAUAUUAUCACGGAAAUGGUGAUACGCCACAGCAUAAUUUUUAUUUAAUGGAUGGUUUGUUAAACCAUUCAGAAGAUAAUAAAAUUGUUUUGAUGGUGUAUUCUUGGGAAGACAUUUCUAAAGAUCAAGUGAAAGUUGAUAUACGUGGAUGGGAAGUAGAUGAUUUUCACAAGACUGGAAAUCUUGUUAAAUUACAAGAUACUCGUUAUUAUGAUCAUGAUUAUAAGGAGUUGAAGAGUUGGUUAGUUUGGCGUGAAGAUAUUUCAUUUAGUCAAACAUUAUAA